UUAACUCACGCGUUUUCUCUAUUUCAGAUUGUUGCUAGACGCCAUGAUCUCAAGUUGAUCGUCACUUCGGCCACAAUGGAUUCGACAAAGUUCGCCACAUUCUUUGGUAAUGUACCAACGUUUACAAUUCCUGGGCGUACAUUCCCCGUCGAUGUAAUGUUCAGUAAAAAUACCUGUGAGGACUAUGUUGAAUCAGCGGUUAAGCAGACUCUACAAGUGCACCUCACACCCAACGAAGGGGAUAUGUUACUAUUUAUGCCGGGCCAGGAAGAUAUCGAGGUAACAUGCGAAGUGCUUGCCGAGCGCUUAGCCGAAAUUGAUAAUGCGCCCGAGCUAUCUAUACUGCCAAUCUAUUCACAAUUACCCUCCGAUUUGCAAGCGAAAAUAUUCCAAAAAUCACCGGAGGGUUUACGCAAAUGUGUUGUGGCUACAAAUAUCGCCGAAACUUCGCUGACCGUGGAUGGCAUCAUAUAUGUUAUCGAUUCGGGUUAUUGUAAACUGAAAGUCUACAAUCCACGUAUUGGUAUGGAUGCAUUGCAAAUUUAUCCUAUUUCACAGGCGAACGCCAAUCAGCGUUCGGGUCGAGCAGGGCGCACAGGACCCGGACAGGCUUUUCGUCUGUACACACAACGACAAUACAAGGAGGAUUUACUGGCGUUGACAGUACCUGAGAUACAGCGUACUAAUCUAGCGAAUACAGUGUUGUUGCUGAAGUCGCUGGGUGUGGUGGAUUUGCUGCAAUUUCACUUUAUGGAUCCCCCACCUCAGGAUAAUAUACUCAACUCGUUGUAUCAGCUGUGGAUACUUGGUGCGCUGGAUCACACUGGCGCACUAACGCCGCUCGGACGGCAGAUGGCUGAAUUUCCGCUUGAUCCACCGCAGUGCCAAAUGCUAAUUGUUUCCUGUCAAAUGGAGUGCAGCGCGGAAGUGCUUAUAAUUGUGUCCAUGCUUUCCGUUCCAUCCAUUUUCUAUCGGCCAAAGGGCCGCGAAGAGGAGGCAGACGGAGUGCGUGAGAAGUUUCAAGUGCCGGAAUCCGAUCAUCUCACCUAUCUAAAUGUGUACCUGCAAUGGAAGCAAAAUAAUUAUAAUUCCAGUUGGUGCAACGAGCAUUUCAUACACGUUAAGGCAAUGCGCAAAGUGCGCGAAGUACGUCAACAGCUCAAGGACAUCAUGGUACAGCAAAAACUUAAUGUAAAAUCAUGUGGCACUGAUUGGGAUAUUGUGCGGAAAUGCAUUUGUUCGGCAUACUUUUAUCAGGCAGCGCGUCUCAAAGGCAUCGGCGAGUAUGUUAACUUGCGUACGGGCAUGCCUUGCCAUCUGCAUCCCACCUCAGCGUUGUAUGGUCUUGGCACAACACCCGACUAUGUUGUGUAUCAUGAGCUUGUAAUGACCGCUAAGGAGUAUAUGCAAUGUGCUACCGCUGUCGAUGGUUAUUGGCUGGCGGAGCUGGGUCCUAUGUUUUUCUCUGUUAAGGAGACUGGUCGCAGUGGGCGUGAGAAAAAGAAGCAGGCUGCUGAGCACUUAAAAGAAAUGGAAACUCAAAUGCUAUUGGCGCAGGAGCAAAUGGAGGAGCGCAAAAUGCAGGCGGCACAACGCGAGGAGCAAAUGACGCCGAAACAAGAAAUUAUAACGCCUGGCGAUGCCACACCUAGACGUACUCCGGCGCGCAUUGGUUUAUAAUUGCAGCCUUUCAUUCACAUAAUGCAAUUAAGUACAUGCAUACUUUAUGAAAGUAAAAUUUUAGACCAGUUUAAUAAUCUGUAUUUAUACCAGUAUCUAAUGGAAAUAAAGUGAACUACGUAAAUGUGUUAAA